CUAUUCACAUACCUUGCGUAGAUUCGAGCAGAUUCGAGCACCCAUAAUUCUGUUGGUGCCGACUGGUGCCGACAGACGUCGACAGUGUCGACACGGAGCACGCUGUGUCAUAACCUUCAACGUGUAGCGCGUUUAGUAAACAAUUUCUCACGAGAGUGUAUAUCACUGACAUUUAUUUCGUUCGCAAUGUACGAGGCGCACAGCAUCAAUGCAGAGCACAAAGAUCUCAUACACGAUAUCGCCUACGAUUACUAUGGGGAACGAAUGGCGACGUGCUCCAGUGACCAAUUUGUAAAGGUUUGGGAUGAAGAUGAGCAUGGAAACUGGCAUUUAACUGCUUCUUGGAAGGCCCACAGUGGAUCAGUGUGGAAAGUUACUUGGGCACAUCCAGAAUUUGGUCAAGUUCUCGCCACAUGUUCAUUUGAUCGCACCGCUGCUGUUUGGGAGGAAAUUGUUGGCGAAGGUUCAGGACCAGAAGCUCGUGGCAGCAAACAUUGGAUUAAAAGAACAAAUUUAGUUGAUUCACGUACUUCCGUCACAGAUGUAAAGUUUGCACCAAAGACUUUAGGCCUUCUUCUGGCCACUUGUAGUGCAGAUGGAUUCAUUCGGAUAUAUGAAGCACCAGAUAUCAUGAAUUUGAGCCAGUGGACGUUACAACAUGACAUCAACUGUAAACUUUCAUGUAGUUGUCUUACAUGGAAUCCAUCUCUCUCCAGACUACAUCCGCCUAUGAUAGCAGUCGGCAGCGACGAUCCAAAUCCUACACUUGGAGCAAAAAUCUUUAUUUACGAAUAUUCUGAGAACAGUAGGCGUUGGGUGAAGGCCGAAACAUUAUCGAGCAUUACGGAUGCCGUUUACGACAUUGCGUUUGCUCCUAAUUUAGGCAGAAAUUUUCACACACUGGCCAUAGCUACAAAAGAUGUACGGAUAGUCACUUUAAAACCGACGGACGAAAGUACACAGACCGGUGUGUCGCAUUUUGAAACGAAUGUAGUUGCACAGUUUGAUGAUCAUUACUGCACCGUCUGGCGUGUUAGCUGGAACUGUAUGGGAACGAUUUUAGCAAGUUCCGGCGAUGAUGGUUGCGUCCGAUUGUGGAAGGAUAAUUUCAUUAACCAUUGGAAAUGCAUCUCUGUUCUCAAAGGAGACGGUGUUCCAGCUCAGGGUGCUGAAACUCCCAUCGUAGCGACUCCACCGAGUUCGUCUACACCAGCUCAACAGAUGCCAUCUACCACCAGGACUGUAAGCGUAGCCACGGUCACGGCGGAGAAACCGACGGCUACCGUCGUGUCCAGUAACAAGUGGCAAGCGCCCGUUAUAAAGGGACGCUUUAGUAAAUCCGUGUGGCUAGGUAAUCCUAGCGAGCCGACACCGCCGUUGUUGCCGAUUAUAGCAAAAAAAUAAUUAGAAUUAUUCGCAAUUUAGCAAUGUGAUUUAAUAGAUAAUGUUUAGAAUAAGCGCGAUAAUAUAAAUAAUGAUUAAUUU